CGUAACGUCUUUUGAAUGCAAACGGUUUUUGACUCGAGCUGCUGCGGUGAAGUGUUGAUUAUCCGUGAAAAAGUCGAUUUUUCGAACCGAAAUUGAUGAAAAAGCUCUACCUGAUCCUGACCCGGUACGACAGCUUCCAGAAUGAAGACGAUGCGCCAGAAAACCCCGAUAAAGGUUUUUCCGCGGGCCACGCCACUGUCAAGUCGUGGAAAUUCUGGCAGCAGCUUGCCAAGCGAUCCCGUCCAGGUGUACUGCCGGGUGCGGCCGCUGCCCUGCGAAUCGGACCUGUCCUGUCUGCGGGUGACCGCGCCCAAUACGGUCGUUUUGACGCCGCCUGAGAUCGCCAUCAACUACAAGAUCUCGAACCUGAAGGAGACGCAGUACAUCUUCAAGCACGUCUUCGAGCCGUCCGCGGGCCAGCACGAGUGCUACUCGACGGUGGCGCAGCCGCUGGUGGAGGCGCUGGUGCGGGGGAAGAAUGGGCUGCUGUUUACGUACGGGGUGACGGGGAGCGGGAAGACCUACACGAUGACCGGGGACAUGCAGCACCGUGGGAUUAUGCCGCGGUGUUUGGACGCGCUGUUCCGGACGAUUGCGGACUUUCAGGCGAAGAAGUUUAUCUUUAAGCCGGACCGGUUGAACGGGUUCGAUAUUUUGUCGGACGCGGAUGCGGCGUUGGAGCGGCAGGCGGAACUGCACAGUAAGCUGCACCGGGUGCGUCGCAAGGACACCGAUCCGGAGAUUGCGUCGAAGGCGUCGGUUGAGCCGUCCGAGCUGAGUGGGAUCGACGAGGAUAACAUCUACUCGGUGUUUAUCACGUACGUCGAGGUUUACAACAACAGUGUGUACGAUCUGCUGGAGGAGAGCACGAUUCAGAAAACCCUGCAGAGCAAGAUGGUCCGCGAGGACGCCAACCGGAACAUGUUUGUGCACGGCGUCACCGAGGUCGAGGUCAAGACGAUGGAGGAAGCGCUGGAGGUGUUCCAGAUUGGGCAGAAGCGCAAGCGCGUUGGCCACACGAUCCUGAACGCCGAGUCGAGCCGGUCGCACUCGGUGUUUACGAUCCGGCUGGUGCAAGCGCCGGUGGACAACAACGGAGAGCACGUCGUGCAGGACCGGAACGCGGUGACGGUCAGUCAGCUGUCGCUGGUUGAUUUGGCCGGCAGUGAGCGGACCAACCGGACGGGCAACACCGGCCAGAGGUUGCGCGAGGCCGGCAACAUCAACAACAGCUUGAUGACGCUGCGGACGUGUUUGGAGAUCUUGCGCGAGAACCAGAUGACGGGCGGCAACAAGAAGGUGCCUUAUCGAGAGUCCAAGGUGACGCACCUGUUCAAGAACUACUUUGACGGCGAGGGUCACGUGCGGAUGAUUGUGUGCGUGAACCCGCGGGCCGAGGAUUACGACGAGACGGCGCAGGUGAUGAAGUUUGCCGAGAUGACGCAGGACGUGCAGAUUGCGCGACCGACGCCGGUCAAGGUGGACGUGGGACUCACGCCCGGCCGUCGCAAGGCCAACCAGCUGUACAAGGUCGCGCUGAGCGACAUCGAGAGACGCCACGGCGAAGUGGAGAACAAGGAGAUUGACCUGGGUCUCGUUUACAGUCUUGGGCCGAAAUUCCCCGAGUUCAAGCUGAGCGGUCCGGAAGCGGAGAACCUCAUCCAGGAGUUGAUCAAAACAAUGGAGAAUCGAAUCCUGAAGCGCAAGUCGCUGGUCGACGAUUUCGACGCGCGCCAGGACACAUUCCGCAUGAAUCUGCACAAGAUCGAAAAGGACAACGCGGCACUCAAAUCGGAGAACGUCUCCAUCAAGGGCGUUCUCGCCCAAAGCCGUCAAAAGAUCAAAGCGAUGGAGAACAAGAUCGUCAUCUACGAGAGCUCGAUCGACGACCUGAACCGGCGCAAUCGAACGCUGGAGGAACGCGUGCGCGAACUCAACGCCCAACUCAACACAAAAACCCAGCAACUCAACCAGAAAGAGAUCGAAAAGGAGCGUCAGCGCAAAAAGUACAACUCCAAGAUCGCCGUCGAGUCGGAGAAGAUGAGCCGCGAGCUGGAACUCAAACUUCAGGAGCAAAAGAACAAACUCAAGCAGGAAAUCGACGACAAAAACGAGCGCCUAAUGCUGGUGUCGAAGAUCAUCUCCGGCCAGACGCCGGUCAAACCGGUCGCCCGGUCCAACAGCGUGGACGAGCUGGCCACGCCCGUCACGAGCCGAACCGCAGGUUCGAAGGCGUUCUACACGCCGCGUGCAGCGCGGGGCGUCGCCGUCGCCAACCCGCGCCACCGCCGGUCCCGCUCGACCGGCGAGCGCUGGCUGGAGCACCGGGCCGCCAACCCCGUCCCCCUCGGCACCAUCAUGCAGCCGUACAUUCCGGACCGCAAGUCGGUGACGGCGCUGAACGACGCCCAGGACGUGACGGGUGCGAAGGCCUCCAAGUACUGCCUGAUCACGCAGGAGGCGGACACCGAGGGCGAGCUGGAGACGAAGCUGUUCAAGGGGGACAUCAUCCCGACGACCGGGGGCGGCGCCCAGGUCAUCCUGAACGACGUGGAGCUGCUGAAGCAGUACUCGCCGACGCGGUCGCCGCCGGGCGGGGGAGGCCGGAAGAGGACGAGCAGCAAUCAGCAGCAGCACUGGCAGAAUGGAGCGUCGGUUGUGGCCAGUGCGCCGCCCAUGUCGGAAGUGCAGGGAACGCGCGACAGUGGCAACAAGAAGGCCAAGUAUUAGGGGAGGAGCGGGCGCGGAAGGCUGCUGUGUACAUAUUUUAUUUAAUCGAUUUGAAACUUUUUUACUUUUAACACGUUUUUUUAACGGAAGGGAAAUAAAAUGCAGUUACUUUUAAAAACAGGA